AUGGCCAGGCUGCGCACAGACUGCAUAGAGAGACCUCUGUGUAUGUGUUAUGAGAUGAUGGGUCAUUUCAUCGGUUCUCACCCCUGGUGGUUCCUGAUCGCCCCGCUGAUAAUCUCUGCCGGUUUGGGGAGCGGAUUUUAUCUCCUGGAGGACAGAAUGUCAAACAAUAUCGAAGAACAGUUCACACCUGUGGACGGACCAGCCAAGCUGGAGAGGCACUACAUCCAAGAAACCUUUCCAACAAACGACUCCGCGUUUUCACGCUCAAGACUGAGCACGGAUGGGAGUUACGCAACUCUCAUAGCUACAAGCGGCAGGAAUAUUCUGACUAUGGAGUCACUCCAGUACAUCCUAGACUUGGACCUUAAAGUUAGGAGCAUGAUAGUUUAUUUUGAAAACCGGUCAUUUGAAUAUGCAGAUGUUUGUGCUGAGGUGAUGGGAUCCUGCACCUCAAGUGACAUUUUAGAUAUCAUCCAACACAGUGCCGACAACAUAGGCACAGUAAAUUUGACAUAUCCGUGGUAUGACUCUGGCUUUAGGAACGUUCCUUUAUUUUUAAGUCUGGGGAGCGUCAAGUUGUACGAGGGGAGCUCACUUGUUGAAAGUGCUGAAGCCAUACAGAUCCAUUACUAUUUACGUGAGGACAACCAAACAAGGACCGGACUUUGGCUGGAAAGCUUCAUCAAUUUGUUCGCAAACAAAUCAUCAACUUCCAUUCAGGUAUCCUACUCCACCUCCAUGUCGAUGCAGUGGGAAUUUAUGAAAUCUCCAUCAUCCGUUAUCUAUUUGUUUUCCAUCACCUACGCCACCGCCAUCACAUUUUCAAUUAUUUCAUGUUGGAGGUUGGACAACGUGAGGACGAAGGUGUGGGUGGCGUCCUGUGGGGCGCUCGCCACGGGUCUGGCGGUCCUCAGCGGUUUUGGCGCGCUGUUGUUGCUGGAUCAACCGUUUGUGAUGACAGCGGCCUCCUGUCCUUUCAUGAUAUUAGGUGUCGGCCUGGACGAUAUGUUCAUCAUGAUCUCCUGCUGGCAGAGGACCCGCGUUCUGGACGGCGUCCCCAAGCGGCUGGCCGACACCUACAAGGGCGCCGCCGUCUCCAUCUCCAUCACCACCGCCACCGACGCCCUGGCUCUGUUCCUGGGCUGCGGCUCGCCCUUCGGUUCGGUCCGCUCCUUCUGCUUGUACUCCGGGGUUUCUAUUUGCUUCUGCUACCUGUACAGCAUCACCUUCCUGGGGGCGUGUAUGGCUUUGAACGGACAAAGAGAGGCACAGAACAAGCACUGGUUGACCCGUGCCAGAGUACCAGAAGAUCUACCGUCCCGGAGUUCUAAAGCCUUCAGCAUUUGCUGUGUUGGGGGAAGCUACGAUAGAAUCACAGAGAAAGAGGCAACCGAGCCCUUGAGUCUGGUGUUCGAGCGCUUUUAUGGCCCCUUUCUGACCCAUAAAUGGGUAAAAGCUUGUGUUUUUGUCUUCUACGCAGGCUAUUUGUCCGUCAGCGUCUACGGUUGUUUCAUUUUGAAGGAGGGACUUGACAUCAGGAACCUGGCUUUGGAUGAUUCCUACAUCGUCGAUUACUACGACGAUCAGAGGCAGCACUUCUCCGCGUACAGCUACAACGUGAUGGUAGCGGUGAAGCAUCCAUUCCGCUACUGGGAUGAAGAUGAACAGAAGCGUCUGCGUUCGUGCAUCUCAAAUUUCGAGAGUCUAAACUUUGUGAACGGGACUCUAGCUUGGUUCCUUUCCUUUCUGCAGUAUGCAAACACAAGCAAUCUCCAUGUUGGUUCUCCAGAGGCUUUCCACACACAUCUGCUACAUUUCCUAGAGCUCAAUUCCAUGUUCAAACAAGACAUCAACUUCACCGCGGACAACAACAUUCAGGCGUCUCGCUUUUUCGUCCAGACGCUGAACAAAACCACAACGAAGGACUUGAUGGUUGGCCUCAGGGACACAGCGGAGACGUGUCCAGUAGAGCUCGUGGUGUACCACCCUGCGUUCGUCUACCUUGACCAGCACACCGUCAUGAUGGACAACGCCGUUCAAACCAUCCUGGUGGCUGUGAUUGUGAUGCUGGUCGUCUCGCUGGUCCUGAUACCAAAUGUUCUUUGUUGCCUGUGUGUGGCUUUUGCCAUUUGCUCAGUCAUGGUUGGCGUGACAGGCUUCAUGGCGCUGUGGGGCAUCAACCUGGACUCCAUCUCUAUGAUCAACCUGGUCAUGUGCAUUGGUUUUUCUGUGGACUUCUCAGCACAUAUCUCGUACUCUUUUGUCUCCAGCUGCAAGAGUGACGUCGACGAGAAAGCUGUUGACGCUUUGGCCCAUUUAGGCCACCCGAUACUGCAAGGAGCGCUGUCCACUGUGUUAGGGGUGGUGGCGUUGUCCAUGUCUGGGAGUUACAUCUUUAGGACCUUUUUCAAGAUUGUGUUUCUUGUGAUUACAUUCGGGCUGCUGCACGGGUUAGUGUUCAUCCCGGUGUUUCUGACUCUGGUUGGGGUCUGCGGGAAGUGGUGUUAA